ACUGCUUCCUCCUCAUAUCCACCACCACCAGGUGACAAAUAUCUCCUUCUUUCCAGGUGGCUUACCAGCACCUUUUAAUCAACCCUGCUACGCCCUUGGAUUACCCUCAUUCCCGCCUCCUCCACACUUUCCCUUGCAGUUCCGAUCUGUGUCUUUCGCUCCCUUACCGUUCUGCUGUCCGCUUUUGCGCCGCCAACUCGUGGGUGGAGCCCAGCCCGUCAGAAGUGGACGAUAGUACGUAUCCUUUCUCGAACUAGCAACUCCGUAGUCGCCACGGGGUCACCACAGCCGUUCUAUUCUUGUGAUCCAUCAUUGCGCUAUCAAGAGCUUCAUUGCACCUCCCCUACUUCCGCCCUCAGAUCGUAGCGCCGCUCCCUUUCGCCAUGGCGCAAUACUUCUUCGACCUUCUGUACAGUUUCACCGAUUGUAUGUGCUGUUUUCCAAGCACGCCGCAACUGAAGAUCAAUAAUCGCAGCUUCAAGUUGCUCCGCCUGCUGGGUGAAGGCGGUUUCUCCUAUGUCUACCUCGUUCAGGACAAAGCGACCUCCGAGUUGUUUGCGCUUAAGAAGAUUCGAUGCCCAUUCGGACAGGAGUCGGUCUCUCAGGCCCUGAAGGAGGUGGAAGCCUACAAUCUGUUCACAGCACACAACAACAUUAUUCAUUCCAUUGACCACUGCGUCUCGACCGAACCCGGCUCCAAAUUUCGCUCCGACGGCGGUGAGCCCGGCUCCAAGACCGUCUACAUCCUUUUGCCCUACUACCAACGCGGAAACCUCCAAGAUGCGAUCAACGCCAAUCUCGUCAAUCACUCCCGCUUCCCGGAGAAAAGGCUGAUGGUGUUGGUAUUGGGGGUAGCACAGGCAUUGCGCGCCAUGCACCAGUACCGUGUCAAGAGCGGAUCGGGGCCGACCCGUAAAGCCAAGGCUGUCAGGAGGGAAGGCGCCGAGGAAGACGCAGACACUGCUCUUCGCAAGGCGAAAUCUAAGCGACGAGCAAGCCAGAACGCGGAUGACGAUGAUGAGGAAAAUGAGCCAUUGAUGGACGAUGAAGUAACCAGGAGCCAGGAAGGAGUGCAGGAUGGAGACCUCCGUCCGUACGCUCACAGAGACAUCAAGCCUGGGAACAUUAUGAUCGCUGACGAUGGUCGCACGCCCAUUUUGAUGGACCUUGGGUCGCUAGCACCCAGUCCAAUCGCAAUCACUUCGCGCUCACUCGCCCUGGCGGUUCAGGACACUGCAGCAGAGCACAGCACGAUGCCAUACCGGGCGCCCGAGUUGUUCGACGUUAAGACGGGAUCCAUCAUCGAUACUAAAGUGGAUAUCUGGUCCCUUGGAUGCACAUUGUACGCCUGUCUGGUGGGCAAGAGUCCUUUUGAAGCUCGCAGCGAAGAGACUGGUGGUAGUUUGAGUAUGUGCGUACUAGGUGGAGACUGGCGCUUCCCCGACGAGAAAUCCAGUGCGACCAAAGGCAAAGGCAAAGCCGCUGACACCAAUAAUAACCGUGACAACGCCAUGGCGAUCAGCGAGCCUGUGAAAGAAGUUGUUCGCAAGUGUCUACAAGUUGAGCCUGCCGAUCGACCAGACAUCGAUGAGCUGAUUCAGAUCAUUCAAGAUGUCAUUAGGGAUCUCCCAGAUGAUGAUGAGAUCGCUGGAGGCUUGAGCUGAGCCACAUUUUGACUCUAUCAAUUUCUAUUGUCGCCUUAGCAUGUUCCCUGCAAGUGCUUUCUCAUACUUCUACAUUAAUGUCGAUUCCCGUCAGCUGUGCUGCAUGUUGGAUUGUCUGGUGUAUUAUACAAAUGAUUUGAUGUUGGACAUAAUCUCUGCUGAGCCGAUUAGUAAAAUAUUCGUGCCAGCAUUUUGGUGCUGACAACUGG